AUCCUCAGUAUGACACCCACACCGCCAUCAACGACGUCGUCCAGUGCAGGCGCGCAUUCCCCUGACUUCAGGGUAAUUCGCAAACGCAACCGAGUACCACUUUCCUGUGCGCCUUGCCGCCAUCGCAAGUUGAAAUGUAACCGCUCUCAUCCUUGUGAGAACUGUGUCAAACGAGGUGAUGCGGCAUCCUGCAGCUACGCCCAGGCAAGCAAUCGGAAAAAGACCUCUCCCCAACAGACUGCGCUCACCUCACCCGAUGAUAUGCAAAAUCGAAUCGACCGGCUGGAAGGUCUAGUUCUAUCUUUGAUGACCAACGGUAAUCAGUCGUCUGGUCCUGCGGCCGCUUUGGCCGCAAUCUCAGGAGAAAGCAGUGCUGGGUCAACACGACUUUCGAACGAGAUCGACGUCGACGACAUGGACAAUGGCAACGAAGGCAACCCAGAGGAAAGCGACACGGAACAAGUCACAAAGUCCUUCGGAGUGAUGAAGAUGGACAGCGGCAAGUCGUAUUACCUCAGUGAAGCGCAUUGGGCAUCGGUGCUGCAUGAUAUUGCCGAAGUCAGGAAUUUUUUUACCACGCAUAAGAAACAAUUCGACGACCAGGCAGAGAAGCUGGCUGCGACGAGGCCAGCAGGUGAGGGCCUUGGUGGGUCCUCGAUCCUCUUUGGGGUCAUGAAGCCCUUGAGCCGACCGGAGAUCAUGGCAGCCAUGCCAUCGAAGUACACAACCGAUAUCCUUGUCGCUCGUUACUUUAACAGCUACGACCCUGCAACGCACAUCCUUCACGGUCCGUCAUUCCAAGCACAAUAUAAUCGACACUGGGAGGACCCGUCGCAAACGGAACUCGUGUGGAUUGCCCUGCUUUUUGCGAUGAUGAGAUUAUCCAUGCUCUCCUAUCAUCGAGAAGGGGACGAGCCUCCAGAGUUCCGGGGCAAGUGUAUUGACAUGGCGGCAUCGUUCCGGACUUCGGUGGCACAAUGUCUGACCUUGGCCGACUUUACGAAACCGCACCGCUUCUUAAUCGAAGCACUCGUUUUCCACCUCCACGGUGACUUUUCACAAACCCGGGAUGCGGAUAUCUCAAUCUGGGUCUUGGCGGGCGUAAUCGCACGACUAGCGAUGCGAAUGGGGUAUCACCGUGACUCAAAGUCGUUCCCCAACGUGACACCGUUCCAAGGUGAGAUGCGGCGUCGUGUCUGGGCAUUUGUACGGCAGGCAGAUUUGCUAUUCUCUUUUCAGGUGGGCAUGCCAAGUAUGCUUCGCACCACCGAUACGGACACGGAGCUGCCACGCAACCUGUAUGAUGAUGAUUUUGAUGAAGACUCACAAGAAUUGCCGCCGGCUCGCCAACUCAGUGAACCGACGCCGAUUUCAUAUUUGAUCUCCAAAGCCCGCUUGUCGUAUGCUUUCGGCCGGGUGAACGAGUACUACUCGGCAGUGACCUCCUCGUCCUAUGAGCAGGUCAUGGAAAUUGAUGCGGAUCUUCGACGGGCUCGCGACAUGAUUCCUGAUCAUCUCCAGAUCAGACCCAUGCAGGAAUGUCAACAUGACCCUCUCAACCUUAUCAUAUCACGCUAUUCGGUGAUGACUAUAUACCACAAAGCGCAGUGUAUGCUGCAUCGUCCAUACCUGAUACGUGCCCGAGAAAAUCCCCGCUUUACCUAUUCUCGCCGCACUUGCAUUGACUCUGCACUCGAGAUCCUGGAGUCUCAAGCUGUGUUGCAUUCAGAGGCACGGAAUAGCCGUCUGCGUGGCCGCGACUUACACUCUUCCCUCAGUAGCGCGGAUUAUCUCCUCGCAGCUACGAUUGUCUGUCUUGAUCUCUACCAAACCUUCCAACCACAAGCUUCAAAUCGUCCCUAUGGCGACACAUAUGCAUGGGGCCGCGAACGAGGCGAGGAAAUGCUUGCUAUCAUCCAGCGCUCGAAAGAGAUUUGGGAACUGCAGCGGGAAGAGAGCAUGGAAGCUUUCAAAGCUUGUUCGGUUUUGGAGGUCAUGCUCAAAAAGCUCCAUAGCGCAGUCCCCGGGCGUGAUAACAUCCCGAGUGCAGGCGGCGCUAUGUUCGAGCCGCAGGAUGAGAAACAAAAUGCGGCAAUGACGCUCGGCCUCCUCAGUAGCGGGAUGAGUCCAAUGAACCCUGGUCCCUCACCAUACCCGGACCCCUUGUUCAAGAUGGGUGGUGGUGCGGACACAUCAGUACCGAUGGGCACGACGGGUGCGACGACGAUGCCAGGAGAGAUGCCCGGUCCAUUGUCGCCGUUUAGUAGCAUGUUUGGAUCGAUGCCAGACAUGCAAGUCAAUUUAGAUUGGGAUGCUUGGGACACUUAUAUUCAAAAUCCCAAUUUUGACACUGCGAAUCAGUUCUGGCCCAUGAUGGACGUACAGCGUCAACCAACGCCUCAAGGGGUCGGGCUGACACAACCCGCGAUGACGGAUCCCCUGGCGUCAACGAUUCGACCGCCAACCAUGUCAAAUGGCCCUCCAAUGCCGCGUCUCUCUAAUGUGUUUUCGCCCCCGGGCCCUUCUCCUGAAAGCGCGAGUUCGUCGGUUCCAGGGUUCACGCCGACCUCGUCACAGUCAGGGGCGACCGGUCGCAGUCAAGGCUCAAUCUGA